CCAAGAAAACCCAUGACCACCAUCUCUCAGAAAAAUAUCAACACUUCAACCAUUCUAAAUAACUUCUUGGCUGGAUUAGACAGUAUUAAUAAUAGUGGUUCACAUCUGGAUUCCACAUCUCGCUUUGAAGUCCAGCUUCCAAAAGGGAGAAAUCUAGUCAAACAAUCACCAGCAGAUCUUCAGGGUAACAAGAGAUUGACUACUGCCAGAACACCAUUACAGGUACCUGAAAAUAACCAAUGUCAUGAAGAUUCUUGCACAGACAAGAGGAAAGAAUACAAUGGCUACUGCAGUUCAAGUAAACAAACGCGGCUUUGGUUGGUACAAGCAGCUGUUGCUAACAACAAAGCCAAUGAGCUUGGUGGUGGUGACAAUGUUGUUGUUGAUGAUGAUGAUGAUGAAAGAGGCUCUGUUGAUGAAGGAGAAGAGCACUAUUUCGUUACCUUGAAGACUCUAGAGCUAGAGACAGAUGUGUCCCCUGUGGAAAAAAAUGGGAUUACUUACAAUGCUGAAACAUCUGUUAUCAACUCAACUCCAAAUGAUUCAGCUUUACCUCUUGAAUCUAAACCAAAUAUGAGACUGUGUUUUGACACCAGUAUUACACCUGUAGUCCCAAGGAGCCCUCUUGCAACACUCGCCAAAAAGAAUAUAGCCCAAUCCACUUCAGGUGUUGAAAGGCAUAAGAUUCUGUCCAACCAUUUUGGAAGGAAACCUGUUGUUUCUGUAUUGCCACCAUCAACACAAGUUGUUCCUAGUACGUCAACCCCUGAGCCUAAUGACUUUGAAAUUGAACUGAUGGAAAAGGAGAGCUUCAGUUUUGAGUCACAGAUUAUUAUACCAAGGAAAACCCAAGUAUUAAGCCAGAAACCAGAAAUGCAGGAAAAGAAAUCUAACUCCAACAAACAGGAAGUGAUCAAGAAAAGUAAACAUAAAACAGUAGGGAAAAAAUCUUACACAGAUGAAAAGCAGGCUCAAUUACUAACUGAACCCGUGCACUUGAAACAGUUGGAGGACAAAGAAACUUGCAAACUGAAUGAACCAGUCAGAAAGUCUACUGUACUUCCAUUAACGAAGAAUUAUGAGGAGCAGCUGCAGGAAGAAUUACAGAAUGAAUCUUUAUCUACUUCUAUAGUACUUCUAAGUCCCAAACAACGAACAGAAUUUGGAUCUAAAAAGCAAAAAUCAGGAAAAAAGUAUGCUACAAUUGAAGGCAAUAGAGAUGCUCCUGCAGCAUUCCAGGAAGAGCCACUCUUACAUGUUACAGAAAAAGCAAAUGUUCAGCAAGGUGCAAUAAAUUCCAAGAACUCUGCAAAAUCUAAUAGUUUGACCAGUUUGCCCAAAGCUGGAGCAAGCAAUAACAAAACACCUAAACAAAUUUUAUGCACAGAAUCUGAAACUCCAAACAAAAAGAAAGCAGUAAAUCAACCACUGUCAUCAGGUUAUGCCAGUUUGUCUAAGCAUGUGGAUCCACUAUCCAUGCCGUUGACUGAGAAUGUAGCUGGUGAUCAAGAAUGUGGCAGGUUAGCUGGAUUGGAAACAAACAAACCAAACAUCAGCCUGUUCAAAGGGAAGAACAAGGGAAAAACCACUAUGAAUGCAUUUCAAACUCUUUCAAUACUUCCACAAAGAAUUAUUUCAAGAGGACAAACCUUGAAUGCAAGUGAAACACCUGCAGUUUUAAACAGCGAACGUGUGACCAACAAACAAAGGGAUUGUCUUGCUGAUCGUGCUGUGUCAUCCACCUCAUUAACUGGAAAACAGAAGAAUGAACAAAUACCACAGUUUCUUAAUACCUUUGGGAUAAAGCCAGCUGUUUCCGUGUUACCACAACCAAAGCAAGAUAUUUGCACAGGUACAGCACCUGUCCAUGAAUUUGAGUUUGAAUUGGAAGAGGAGGAGAGCUUCUGUUUUGAAUCAUGGAUUACAAUACCAAAGAAAGCUAUAAACCAGAACCCAGCUGAACAGGAGAAGAAAUCUGCCUCGCCUGCAAAGAAAACAAAAAAGGAGAGAAUACAGAAGACGGAACCAAAAAGAAAAGUAGCCGUUCAAUUAAAAAAGAAAAUUGAUGAAAAACAAUUUAAAAACAAAAAUAAACAAUCAAAUAAUGAAAAUCAACCAAAAUACUCUGGGAAAAGAUCUACACGUCGAUUGAAAAAUAAUAAAAUUGUUGUUAAUUCUGAGAGAGAGGAACAAGAAAUACAAAAUGUAUCCUUAUCACAAUCUGAAUACUUGCCAUCUCCCAAACUAAAAAAAGAAAGAAAAAAACAAGGAAGAACAAGAAAAAAAUCGAUAGGCAAGUCUGGCAGAGUUGAAGGUCAAAAGGAGUUACAGGAUUUGUGUGUUAAGCAUAAUGAAAACAGAAAUGAUAAGUCAUGCCUGGCUGAACAAGAUGUGACUCCUUCUAAGAGACUCUUGAAGUCUGAAAACUCAGUAAAUUUGCCUGGGUUCCAUAACUAUGAAAAAAAAUCAGACCAAACUUCAUUUGCAAACUCGCAAAUUCAAAGCCGAAAGAAAAUGAAGAAAAGACAAGGACAAAAACCAGCAGUGAGAAAGAAAGAAAUAUCAGCAAAGGAAACUCGGCCAAAGAAACCUGACUACUCUAAGAAAUGUUUUCCUUGCCAUGAGUUUGAGGAGAAUCAUCAAUAUAAUGCUGUGGAUGUAUGUACCAAAAGCCAGCGGAUUGUCAGACCACCACCAAAGUGGUGGGUAGUACAGCAUGCUGAUAACCAUCUGCAAGACAGAUUGAAGGCAGAUUAUUUGACAGAAUUAGAUGGCAGUUUACAAGACCAGACGGUAAAACCUUCAAAGUCACAAAUGAAGAAGAAGAAGAAGAUGGGUUUGAAAAUAAGAUGUUCACGUGCACAAACAAAGAAUAUAAUACAUAGUUCAGAGGUGCAGAAUGUCAGUGAAGAUGUUUUUGAACAUGAUUUUUCUCCAACCAGCUCACCACAUCACCAUUCAAAGCACACAAAGCAACAACGAGCAGCUAAUAAAUGUAGCAAUAGUUUAGUUAGGCCACAAGAUCACCAGUCAAAACCCGCAGGGCAGCAGGAAAUAACUAAUUCAGUUAGGCCAUCAUGUCGCCAGUCAAAACUCUCAGGGUACCAAGACACAGCUUAUCAGCAGGACACUGAUUCUGAUAGUGUAUCAAUUAAGAAGCAAAGUAGAAAACAAAAGUAUUCUUCUGUGCCAUUUGUACCAAAAAAACGAUUGUUUUCUGAGGUUGAAGAAGAAAAACAGGGGAAAUCCUUGGACAUGCGCCUGCCAAACAAACGAAAAUCUACACAAAAACUGAAAAGUCAUUAUUUUGAUAUGCAGAAUGAAAACGAAAUCGAGGACGAGUACAGUUCACGUCGAAAACAAGGCUAUGUUUGUACAACUUCAAAGAAAACUGAAGGCUAUAUAUCUGCAUCAAAGUCAACAUCACAGAAAUCUUCUCAAGAAUCUGUAGCAUCCUUUACUGCAACUUACAUUGACAAAAAGAGUCCACAAAGACACCUUGACAGUUGCAGGUCUCCGGGAAUCCACAACCAGGUUCUAACAAGCCGAAGAAGGUCUGUCACCAAUACUGUUGAUGAACUUGCAGCAAGGCCCCAGGUAUCUGCUGUUACUCCAUAUCAGGCUGUAAUGAGUCCCAGAAGUUAUAACACAACAAAGUACCAAGAUAAAACUGCUCCCCCUCGGCAUUCUGAACAACCAACAGAUAUGAUUGAGGAAGAUGACAAAGCAGAACCUAGUACUUCUGUGCAAAGCAAAAGAGCUGUAAGGCAAGGACUUCCUCACAAUGAUUUGCCUGUUUUUAAUAAGAGUGGGCCAGGGCCAUGUGCGAAUUAUGAAGAGGAGUCCUCUGAUCCAGGUGAUCAUGAAGAUUUUGAACACGGAGAAAUAAUGGACUUUGGUGAUGCCAGUGAUGAUGACGGUUAUACGAAAGAGAGCAGCAGUGAGGAAAAUGAUAACUGUGAGAAGAGGCCACCUGAAAUAGCUAUGCAGGAAAGUUUGAAGCCUACCUGUGUUUGGAAUGUAAAGGAAAGCAGUGAAGUAUUUGUAGACUGUGUUAAGACUUCAGAUAUGUGUGAUUUCUUCUAUCCCUUAAAGACAGUGUAUGAAGAUAAUAGGUCCAUUGCCAUCUGCAAAAGCUUAAAUUCACAGACAUUUUCUUGUGGCAAACUAGUGCUGGGACCAUACAAAGAAAAGGGAUGUCAAAUGGUUUAUAAAGAUACUAUGGUAUUUCAUAUCCUAAAAGGAGAUCUAGGUGUUACAAUAUACCGUACCACAUACCAUCUCAAAGAGGGGGAUUACUUCUUUGUGCCUUCAGGUAACACAUACAAUGUUACAAAUCUUCAGGAUACUGAGGCUGUUCUGCUUUUCACACAAUUGAAAGGAUCCAAGAUGGAUUAACAAGUUUUGUAAGGAGCUGUUUUGGGACACUGCUAUACUUUGUAAAUUUGUAAUUGUAGUGUUUUAGAAUAGUUUUGACCAUUUGGAAUAGUUAAAACUUUAAUGUUUUUUUAUGAACCACUGUUUGUUUUCUUAUGAAAUAUGAGGAAUAUUGGGCUUUGGAAAUUGUGUUCAGUGCAGUUAAUGUUCCUGAGCAUACAGCUUGAUAUCGUCAUAAUAAAGCUUCUCUAGUUUUUUACCAUUUAUUAGAGCAGUUUUGAAUAUUUUUGGAAUAGUUAAGAUGUUUGCUUUUCGUUAAGAAUUAAUCUGCUGUUAUGCAACAUGCUGCUUUGAGCAUUUAUAUCUGUAUAUUUGAACUUGAUGUAUUGACUGGUAAACAUGAUACGUAAUGGAACAUAUUCUGCAAUUGUGUAAUUCGAUAUUUUAGUUCUCAAAUUUUUGUAAACAAAGGUGAAGAAACAGUGUUCACCAAAGGCAGCUUCAUGACAAAAUACAUUUGUUUAUGGCAACAGGGAUGAUAUGUACCAAGUAAACCAUAAAUUCUUGCUCGUGUGCUGGUUACGAUUAACGUGCUUGGAACUAUGCAUUUCAUGUCAUUGCUUCGUCAUCACAUUGGAGUUCUGAAUCUUGGUUAAACAAUGCUAGUGAAGAGAGAGAAGAGAAAUUAAAUGAAAGUGACCUUUCACUCCUUGUCCUUGAGAUUGAAUGCAGUCCAUUUUAAUAGAGAAGUCUCUUCUGUCCAUUAGCUCUGUUGAUUGUCUUUGAAAAGUUUGGAUAUUUUCUUCACAGUCUGUGCUAGGCAUUAACCAGCAACAGUAAAUGAUCCAUGAUUUCGUACCACAUCAAUGAUUCUUUUAACUGUGUUUAUCACUAUGAAGGGGUACUUGUCAUCAAAAAUAGAAACAGUCUCCCAACUUAGAUGCGCCUAGUUCAGUUUUAGUUCGAUUAGCUGUGGAGCAAGAUUUGAUCAAUAUGUUUUAAUCACAAAGUUUCAAUAAGUGUGCAAUGCUGGAGAAUAGUGUUGUUUCCUUGUCUCAAUCCAGCAUAAUGUGACCCUUCCAAGUGAGAUUACCUGCUUAGUUUCAGUUAUGGGUUGUUGUCCAAUGUUUAAGAUUACCCAAUUAAUUUUACACAGCCUUAGAAUGUGACAGUGAAGAUUUUUAUUUUGUCAGCAUUAACAACUGCAGCAUACUAAUUGCAAGAGGCAUUUAUCUAUCUAAAAUUGUUUAUGCUAGGUGUGACACAUUUUAGGUAGCAAUAGUAUAUUCAGGUAUAGCUAAUUAGUUUAGAAGUGCUUUGGAACUCCAUGGGCAUGUGGAAAGGCAAUAAAAAAGUGUGAAUUCCUUUGUUUUCUCCCUUGGUUUCUGUUUCUCUUUCCCACUAAUAUUGGUAAUACAGCAAACUUUUUUACUAACUGGCACCUAUAGGACCAUAAGUGUGCUGGUUGAUCAAAUAUUCCAUAUAAUCAAGAGGUCCAUGUAAUCAAUGUAACACAGUCAGUAAUAGAAACGUAUUGUUGUUAUAUUUUAUUUAUAGCAUAAAUCAUUUAAAUAAUAAUGCAACUUUGUCUUAAAUAAAACUUACCGGCAGAAAGCCUUCUCACUCUCACCCUCAACUGACUACUCAGACGUCCUAUUUAGAUCGCAGUAUUCAAGGAGAAAUUAACUUGAAAAUGAAUCAACCAUUGAUGUUGUAUGUGGCCACUUGAUUGAACAACAAUUAUAUUUACACUGAGGUCAAUAAAUUAAAACUCUAAUAAUUGGACAGAAUAACACAGUAAACUUCCCCGUAUUUGAGGUUCCUAAUUUUUGCUAUUUUAUCUAGCAUGCCAAUUCAUAAGACGCCAGUUAAAGUAGAAUUUGCUGUAUAACUCCAUUUCUUCGAUCUUUGUUACUCAUGGUAUAGAUUCUGUACUUUGUUCCCAAUUUUAUAUCUACUGAUCAAGAAGCAAAUCUAACCCAACUUUUUCCUUCAUUGCAUGUGAUGUAGUUUGCAAAUGUAAAGAAAUUCUAUGCAGAAAGUAUUUGUAAACCUUUGCUUAUUUUUGUAACAGCCAGUAAAUUCAUUGUAUUGUAAAGAAAUUGUUUUAUUUGAAAAAUGGAUGUUUGAUGUGCAAGUAUUUAACUAAGGUGCAAAGAUGUUGAAGCAUUUGUAUGUGUGUGUAUAUAUAAAAAGAACGUCAGCACAUCUAGCGAAAGUUAGAAAGGAUGCCAUUUUUCCCCAGAGUACCUUGUCUUAAACAAAACAUGUACAUUUGGAAAUAAAAGAUCAUGUGAUUUCUCUA